AAGUAGCAGGAAUGCAUUUGUUUAGGUCUUGAAAAUGUGUAGGAGUUUGACAAAGUCAAAGAGAAAACAGUCUGUAAGACUGAGAGGCCUGGAAGAGCAUGCAGUGCUGUGCCAACAGCACAGAACUUAAGUGCAGGAGCAAGAUGGGGCUGAAGAGGCAGCUCCUUCCUGCCUUCCUGGAUCACUGGGGGUGUGAGUGCUGCGCAAAAGAAUCUGGCCAUUACCUGUGGGACGGGGGCAUCAGUGGGCUUGUCAGCAGGGACACGACAGGCUCAGAGUCACUUAAGAAGAGAAUCAUUGGCCCGGGAUAGGAAGGGACUGUUGGGGUCCUGCGUGCUAGUGAGACGUUCUGGGAAAAAUCACCAGCGCCGGGAUGUAGGGAGGGAGGCAAAAGACUGAGUUGGUUGAUCAGGAAGGCCAAGCCAUCUCCUUAAAGUGACCUUCGCUGAUGCGUGGGUGAAUGCAGUCCCCAGCCUCCUGGGACCUCGAAGGGCACAGGACACAGCCGGUAGUAGGGCCAGCUCAGCCUGGAGCACCGCCUCCCACGGCUGCCGCGAAGCGGUGGAAGUCGCCGCUCCUCUAGCCUCCUGUAGGAGGUGCUAUGGGAUCAGCCUGACGUAUGCUAAAAAAAAAAAAAAAAAAAAAAAACUCCAGGAAGAGGCGGGGCCUCCCGAACCCGGAAGUGAAUGAACACACGUGGGAGCCUAGGAGGGGUGUUCGUAGGUUGGUAGUCUAGUUGUAGGUAAUCUGGGUUGGUUUGUUCCUGUCCGAGAGAGCUCGGCGGAGGCAGCUGUCGAGUACCCUUCACCCCUGUGUUGGGAGCCUGGGAGCGAACUCUGGCGGGGGUUACCCCUCCCGGGGACGCAGCAGGGGGCGAGUCCCCGGCUGGAGUGCGCCAUGGGACUGCUCUCAACCAUCCGGGGCGCGACCUGGGGUCGCCUCGUCACCCGUCAUUUCGCCCAUGCAGCGCGGCGUGGGGAGCGACCUGGUGGGGACGAGCUAAGCCGCUUGUUGUUGGAUGACUUGGUGCCGACCUCGCGGCAGGAGCUUUUGUUUGGCCUGUCCCCUUGUCUCCUGGCUCUGCGGGCCGCCCGCCGCUACGUGGCCCGGCUCCUGCUCCAGGCGGGUAAAGCUGGGCUGCAGGGGGAGCGGGCCGAGGUGCUCCGUCUAGCUGAAGCGCGGGACAUUCCAGUUCUGCGUCCCAGACGACAGAAACUGGACGCAAUGUGUCGCUACCAGGUCCACCAGGGUGUUUGCAUGGAGGUGAGCCCGCUGCGGCCCCUGCCUUGGAUUGAGGCAGGGGAGGCGAGCCCAGGCGAUGACCCCCAGCAGUUGUGGCUCGUCCUCGAUGGGAUCCAGGAUCCCCGGAAUUUUGGGGCUGUGCUGCGUUGCGCUCACUUCCUCGGAGUGGAUAAGAUCAUCACCAGCCGGAAAAACAGCUGCCCGCUCACUCCAGUAGUCAGCAAGGCCAGCGCGGGGGCUAUGGAGGUGAUGGACGUAUUCUCCACUGAUGAUCUCACCGGAUUUUUACAGACCAAAGCCCAGCAGGGCUGGCUUGUGGCUGGCACGGUGGGCUGCCCAGGGCCUAAGGUUCCCCAGUCCUCCAAGAUCCCCAUCACGAGCUCCUUGGAGUUCCUCUGGGAUCAGCCUACUCUCCUUGUGCUGGGGAAUGAGGGCUCAGGUCUGUCCCAGGAAGUGCAGGCCUCCUGCCAGCUGCUCCUCACCAUCCUGCCCCGGCGCCAGCUGCCUCCGGGAUUUGAGUCCUUGAACGUCUCUGUGGUUGCAGAGCACUUGAGGGGUGAGGAUGUGACCCAUUCAGUUCAUUCCUCUGUGCGACCGGCCUGAAGGGGAGGGUGGGGGCACUCCAGCUCCUAUGCUGGGACCCUGCCCCUGCUCCAGCAUCCUGAGGGCUCACUGGUCGGUAAGUUCUUGGUGUCUCACUUGAGGCUUGUUGGGACUCAGGGAGAGUGGCUUGGAGCCUGUGUCGGGGUCUCGCUGAGCCUUAGUGGGCUGGAUUCGUUCCCUUGCUAUUGAUGUAGCUGUCUGACUCCCACCUCUGCUUCACUUCAUGCCCUGUGGGAAGGGGCGCUGGAAGCCCCCCCUUGGACCUGAAAUAGAUCCCAUGCACCGUCUUCCUCGGCUGGGCACUUGCCUCCCUUUCCCCUCACAGGUUUCUGCUAAUCUACCUCACUGCUGACUGUGGCCAAGCCUUGGAUCCAUUGAUUAAAGUUUAGGCUGGAGCUGAUGCUAUUAUCCUGCUGGAGUGUGGCCAGCACUCUGGGCACCACCGCCAAGCCCAGCUGUGAAACUAGCACCGCCGCCUCCCUUUCUCUGUCUCUCACCCUGUCUCUGAUUCUCUCUGUGUUUGAUCUCUCCCCUGUCCUGGGGCCUCCCUCGGACCUGCUGCCCUUGUCACCCUUCAGGGGCCACCCGGUAAAACCAGCUGCGGGGGGACUCUACCUUCUGCCACCCACUCCUUCCUCAGAAUUCCCUUUGACUCUUGGCUUCCCCACUUGGGGUCCCCAAGGCAGCUCUAUGCAUCGAGCCCACCCUGAGUACCCCUUGCCAUCUCCGGCCUUUGCUCAAUGUCAUUGGGCACAGGACGGAGACUCUGACAGUCUCAGAAGAGGCUGAUGAAUCCAAAAUGGGACGUUAGAUGAACUGCUUCUUUGUGAACGUCUUUGAUACAACUGGGUCUAUCAAAGCAUGAGCAUCUGUGAGCAUGCCUGUCAUAGGAGGCUGGGCCCUGCUGCGGCUGGUGGAGGGGACACUGGAGAGGACGGGGGCCUCUAGUGCCUCCUUCAGGGAGGAGGGGUGUGGCUUCUUCGAGGCCUGAUUCUCCUCUUGUUUUGGAAUGCGGAGCUUUGGGAUCAGAUACACCCAGACUUGUGUCCCGGCCCUGGGGGUCCUGGGCUCUUCCUAACCAUGUAAGGUCUUAUUUUCCUUCUUGUAGCACAGGGAUAAUUCCUUUACAGUGAGGAGCGCAGGUGACCGGCUGGGAGCCGAGCAGGCCCUGAGUACAUGGCGCCCUCCCCUCCCCGCCUCCCUUCAGCUCCGCACUCCUCCACGCUUCAGGUGGACUUGCACACUGUUUUAAUCAAUGCUAGGGUGCUGACAUGAAGGAGGCUGGGGUGGGAACCAGGGCCCAGAGUCUCACUUCACCCGAAAUCUGCUUGAGUCAGGGAAUCCAUCCAGCUUGAGAUCUGGUGUGUAAAGGUAAGAAAAGGGCUUUGUAAAGUCUCCAGCAAGGCCCAAAAUGCUGCUCUUGUUAAUGAGGAGCAAUGUGUGGGAGGAGUGGGCUGCAGUAGCCUCCUGGCCUCUGCUCUCUCUCCACACAAUAUGCCUAAAAUGUAAAUCCUAUCAUGGCCUGCCCCUGCUCAGAAACCUUCAAUGACUCCCUAGUGCCUCCGGGAUAAAGUACAGAGCAUAAUGGUCAACGCCGUCCACAGUUGCCCCAGUCUGGUUCCCACUUCCUUUGGAAUACUUCCUCCCUUCUCCCUCCCCUCCCUCUCCUUCUUCUCUUUCUUCUUUCUUCUUCUUCCCCUUCUUCUUCCUCUUUAUCUUCCUUUCCUUCCUCUUCUUUCUUCCUCUGUCCAGGUUGGAGUGAAAUGGUGAGAUCUUGGCUCACUGCAACCUCCGCCUCCUGGGUUUAAGUGAUUCUCCUGCCUAAGUCUCCCAAGUAGCUGGGAUUCCAGGAGCCCACUACCAUGCCCAGCUAAUUUUUGUAUUUUUAGUAGAGUGAGGUUUUGCCAUGUUGGCCAGGCUGGUCUUCAACUCUUGACCUCAAACAAUCUGCCUGCCUUGGCCUCCCAGAGUGGGGAUUAAGGCAUGAGCCACUGCACCUAGCCCCGUUUGGGCUUUUUAAGUCCCUUUGCUCUACCCACCCAAAUGAUGCCCUGGUCCCCAAACUCCCACACCUGACCAUCUGUAGGCUUUUAUUGGAUCAAUUUACACCACCUGACGUGCUUUCCCUCCCACUGCCUUCCCACGACCACUUUCUGGGAGGCCUGGCUCAAGUCUCAUCACCUCCUAAAGCCUCCUCUGAUGCUCCCAUGCCCACCCCCACUCCUCAACCUGAAUGCCCUCUGGUUGCACAGCUGUUCCUCGAGUCUGUGUCAGGUGCGUCCACCAGAGUGCGACAGACACUGCGGGCACAAGCAAAAUGGCCCCAGGAUUGGCCGCUUCCCUCCCUGGGCCUGCCUGUGCUGUGCCGUCCCAGAUUUCCAGCCUGGCAUCCUCACCACUUGACUUCCGGGUUGGAGGACUUGGGGACAGGACGUGUGUCCCUUCUCUGCAGAGCUGCUAUCCCUGGAGAUUUGGAUGAAAUGACAGAACCAGCUGCUCUUGUUUGUGUAGUGCAUGAAUUUCCCAGUCACUGCUGAUGUCCUGGGUCGCCAGGGCAGCAGGUAGGGUUGAGUUGGACUUUUUUUUUUUUUUUUUUGAGGUAGAGUCUCACUCUGUCGCCCAGCCUGAAGUUCAGUGGCAUAAUCUCGGCUCACUGCAACCUCUGCCUCCUGGGUUCAAGUGAUUCUCCUGCUUCAGCCUCCCAAGUAGCUGGGAUUACAGGUACUCACCACCAUACCUGGCUCAUUUUUGUAUUUUUAUUUGAUGAGCUUUCACCAUGUUGACCAGGCUGGUCUCAAACUCCUGACCUCAAGCGAUACACCCAGCUUGGCCUCCCAAAGUGCUGGGAUUACAGGUGUAAGCCACUGCGCUCAACAGAGUUGGCUCAUUUUACAGAUGGGGAAGCACACCUUGAUGAUGGCUGUGUCUUUCAGAGACUGGAAAGUCAUGGGUGCAGAUGCUCUGGACAGACUGAGGCUCAGAGCAAAUUUGCUGCGGGUGACAUGGCCUGUAAGGGUGGCACUCAAACCCAGGCCUCUCUGGCUGCGGGCUAGUGUGUUUCCCUCCACAUCUGUUUUCUGAUUAUUCAAGAUGCAGGUUUCAUUCCUCCCUGUCGUCAUCACAGCCCCUGACUCUGAGGUAACUUUCAACAGUGCCCCAGGCCUCUGCCCCCAGUCCCCAAAUCCCCACGUGCUGUGUGUCUGUGGACAGAUCCCUGGCCACUCCGAGCCACAGCUUUUUGUGAAAUGUUCAGGUGAUGCAUUGCCUCUUCCUCACAGUGUCAUUGUGGGACAGAAGGAGAUGGUGCCUGCAGAGACCACUGUGCUGCAGGAUGGACCCCCUGCGAGCCUGGGCUGGGGCAUUUCCCUAGGGGCUCUUGGUCUCUCUUGGGGGCUGGGAUGGGGAAUGCAAACACUCGUUGGUCUCCUUCAGCCCCUCUUUGGGGGAGGAAAAGAGCUCUGGGGUCUCCUUCCUCAGGAUCCUGCAGCCCUUGCAGCUGCUGGAAGUGAAUGGCGCUCGGUUGCCAUGGCAACGAGGGCCAGCCACCUGCAGGGCCAGUCCUGUGCCAGCCGCCGUUGACCUCACUUAGGAUGAUUACCUUUUGGCAAAUAAAAUAAUUGUGUUAAUAAA